AUGACCCUCCCUCCUCUGCAAGUGUUUGUACGAGUAUACCUUCCCGUUAUUUGUUUUUAUCUUUCUAACACGUUCACGUUUUUUAUUUACGUCUUCCUUUCUUCCUUCCUCCCUUCCUUCCUUCUUUCCUCCCUUCCUUCCUUCCUUCCUUCUUUCCUUCCUCCCCCUCCCUUCCUUCCUUCCUUCCUUCCUUCCUUCCUUCCUUCCUUCCUUCAUUGCUUCCUUCCUUCUUUCCUUCCCUUCUUCCUUCCUUCCCGCGUCCUUCCUUCCUCCUUCCCUGUCCUUCCUUCCUUCCUUCCUUCCUUCCUUCCUUCCUUCCUUCCUUCCUUCCUUCCUUCAGUCCUUCCUUCCUUCCUUCCUUCCUUCCUUCCUUCCUUCCUUCCUUCCCCUCCUUUCUUCAUUCCUUCCUUCCUUCCUUCUUUCCUUCCUUCCUUCCCCUGUCCUUCCCCGUCGUUCGUUCGUUCGUUCGUUCGUUCGUUCGUUCCUUCCUUCCUUCCUUCCUUCCUUCCUUCCUUCCUUCCUUCCUUCUCCCUUUCUUCAUUCCUUCCUUCCUUCUUUCCUUCCUUCCUUCCCCCCGUCCUUCCCCCGUCCUUCCCCCCCGUCGUUCGUUCGUUCGUUCGUUCCUUCCUUCCUUCCUUCCUUUUUCAUUUCAAUAUUCUCUCCGGACCACUAAAAAAAGGCCGGCUCAACCCACCUCUAUCUCUCUCUCUAUCUAUCUAUCUAUCUAUCUAUCUAUCUAUUACAGUCUGUUCCUAUCUAUCUAUCUAUCUAUCUAUCUAUCUAUCUAUCUAUCUAUCUCAUUCUGUUGUCUUUCAUUACUAA